GGCGAACGCCAACAGCAGUCAGUAUCGAUUGAACAGCCGCGCGUAGCCCAUCGAAUCGAGGAAGAGACGCGACGACGAGAGCGAGCGAGACGGACGACAGGCGACGAGACAGAGCGACCAGGGAAAGGGAAGAGGAGAAGGAAACGGAGACAUUGAGCGCCUGCCGCCCCCUCUUUUGUAAUAAAUAGCGCUGUGCGAGUCGACCACGCUACCAAACGGCAAGAGUCCGCUGAGAGCGACGCAACGCAGGCCACAAAGGCCCCGCCCCCGCCUCCCACCGACAAGACACCAGAACAACAACAACAACAACAAAACACUACCAACAACAAAACACUGACACACACACACACUCAUAGUCAGCACUCCCCCUUGAACGAAAGGGAGAACAGUGAAACAGCUGGAUGAAAAAAAUAACCAGGCUGACCAAAACAACAUUAAAUUUUACCAACUGGCUAAAAGGAAAUAAUUAACAACAAUAUAAAACAAAUAUACAUCCCACGCGUUUCUCCACCAAAGUGCCUUACAACAAUUAACACAUAAACCACAAAUUCAAAUCAAAUUGAAUAAAUAACAAAUUGAAUUAAAAUUUUAAAUGUGAUAAAAAGAAACACUGAUAAAAAGGAAAACAAAUCCAACUUAAAAAAAGGAUAAGUCUAUCUCUUUUGUUGUUUUUUUUUAAGUGUGUUGUCCAAAAAUCAAAGAAAUGAAAAAAUAUAAUUAGACUUCAUCAAAAACCAACCACACACAGACGGCAAGAAUAAAUUAAGAAAAUCGAAAGAAAAAACCACAACGUAAAAAAUAUUAAAAAAUAUCCAUAAAUCUAUAUAUACUACACCUCGUACAUAUAUAGAGAUACCUAAACAACAAAGCAAAUCCAGGAAAAGCAGGCAGCAGAAGAAAGAGCAGAAGCAAAAUAAGCGAGGAGAACAACAAAGACGGCUGAAAUGGCAACCAAACAGCCCAGAAAAGUGGCCCCCGAUGGCGGAUGGGGAUGGGUCGCUUGUUUUGGCGUUAGUUUGGUCAACCUGGCCACCCGCUCCAUUGAACCAUCGUUUGGCCUGCUCUUCGGGGACACCCUCAAGGAUCUCAAUGUGGGCACCACGGGGGCAGCGGUGAUCAUCAGUGCGCUGGACGUGUGCAUGAACUUCUCCGGACUGUUUGUGGGGCCGCUGCUGAAGGAGUUCUCCUACCGCAAGGUGGCCAUUGCCGGAUCACUGCUGUGCGGCCUGGGACUGGCGCUCACAUCGCCGGCGACGAGCAUGGCCCACAUCCUGAGCACCUACUCCGUGAUCAACGGCAUCGGCGUGGGCCUAUCCACUUCGGCGGCGUUCGUGGCCCUCAAUCACUACUUCAAGCAUAAGCGCGGCCAGGCGGUGGGUCUGUCGAUGGCCGGGACGGCCAUGGGCAUGCUGAUCAUGCCGCAGCUGGUGCGGAUCCUGCUGGAGGCCUACGACUUCCGGGGCGCGGUGCUGCUGCUGGCGGGCGUGGCCCUCAAUGCCACGGUCGGAUCGGUGCUGCUGCAGCCGGUGAAGUGGCACAUGAAGGAGGAGUUCGACGACGAGGAGCUGAUGUGCAUCUCGGCCCUGCCCACCCCGCAGCCCCAGCUGACGUUAGGCGGCGGCGGUGGCGGCGGCGGCGGCGGUGGCGGAGCAGGUGGCGCAGCGGCGGCAUCAGUUGGUGCUGCAGCUGGAGCUGGAGCAGCGCCCGAUUUCAAGGUGAUCAAGGAGGAUGGCAACGAGGAGGACGCCCUGCCCGAGAUGAACACGCUGCUGUUCCACAAGCACCAUCCGCAUCAGCACUCGAUGCGCAAGAACUACUCGGAGAUGGCCAUGAACACGAUGAAUGGCAACCGACUGGGUUUGCCCAAGAGGCCCACUUUUCCGCGCAUCAUGUCGCUGGCCGGGGUGCAGUCGGCCGUCCAUGGCGCUGGCGGGGAUUCGGGCGGCUAUACGUCGCAGGCGGAGGUCAAUGCCACGCAGCUGCGCUGCCGCAAGGCCUCGGUCACCUCGAACCUCUCCUACAUGGACUUCACCGGCUCCAUUCUCCAGGUGCACCUCAACACCGGCGACGAUGAGUUCGAGCAGAACGAUCGCGAACUGCGACGUGUUGGCACCGCCACGGGCAGCAUUGUCCUCGGCGGUCAUCGCGACAGCUUCAUCAAGAUGAAGCCCACCGAGCUGGACAAGCAGGCCGAGGCGGCGGCCGCCCUCGACGAGGAGGCCAAGAAGAAGGCCAAGAAGCCGGGCUUCUGGCGACGUUUCGCCGACCUGCUGGACAUCGAUAUGCUCAAGGACAAGAUGUUCCUCAACCUCCUCUUCGGUCUCUCCAUCUUCUACGUGGCCGAGAUGAACUUCAAGAUGGUCACACCGUUCUUCUUUGCCAACCUGGGCUACAAGAAGGCCGAUGUCGCCUUCUGCCUCUCGGUCACCGCCAUUACGGACAUCGCCGCCAGGAUAGUGCUGCCACCGAUAUUCGAUCGCACCACGAUCAAGAAGCGCACCAUUUUCCUCGUCUCCAUCAUCUUUGUGGCCCUGACCCGUUCAAUUAUGGCUGAGCAGAGGGACUGGACGCAGUUGAUGGUGUGGCUCUCGAUCUGCGGCUUCUUCCGAGGAUCCGCCCUGAGUAACUUUACGCUAACCGUAUCCGAAUACUGCUCACUGGAAAAACUGCCCUCGGCAUUCGGCUGGCAUCUGGUGGGCAAGGCCCUGUUCGUCAUCACUUUUGGACCUCUAAUUGGUCUCAUUCGGGAUGUGACAGAUAGCUACCCCAUUUGCAUACACACCCAGAGCGUUUGCAUCAUGAUUUGCGCCUGUGCCUGGGGCAUUGAGUACCUGGUGGAGUACAUCCACUCGAGACGUCGCACCGCCGAUGCCGCCCAGUUGCCAACCCAGGACGGAGGUGCCACCACGAUGACGCAGACGACGACGACGACGGGACAGCACGAUGUGAAGCUGUAGAUCUGAAGAGGUUCGGCGACAGCAUGAGAUGGACAUGGGAUGGACUAGAGAGAUCUACUUUAAGGAAGACAGUCUCGCCGCGGGACGGAGGAUUGAUUUCCUCCAGCGAGUACCCCACUUUAAAUAUACUUAAGAGGGUCCCUGCACAAUGCAAGGGUAUAAUUUUAGAUGGGAAACCCAUUGGUUCCCACUUCGUUUAACACUCUAGUGUAGUGUGUGGCCCUAAUCCCCAAAAAUGUAUUAAAACUCAACUUAGUUAAGUCAUUUAUUUCGUUUGCGCUCGUUUUUUUUUUGCAAUAUGUUUAGUGAGUCUUAAGAUCUUGGAGAGACAUAAUCAUACACACUCCACAUACCACACAUAUAACUAUAUAUAUAUAUAGGCAGGAUUUGUCAGUUUUAGUUAUAUGGAACUCAUUUCUCAACUGUAACCAACCCAAGGGGAUAAACAAACAACUAGAGCCCCACAAAAACCACAAAAAAGUGCGUUUACAUUUUAAUGUUAAAGGAGAAAAAGGAAAAUCCGAAAUUCAUUCAUUUAAGUUACCAAUUUCCGGCGUUCUCUUCAUUUUAUGAUUUGCCUUGAUUUGUUCUCUCUCUUUUUGUUUAUUAGUGAACUUGUAUGUGAUAGUUCAAAGAUAGUUUUUAAUUUAGAAGUUAAUCUAUACAUAUAGAAAUAAUGAUAUCUGCAUCUGCAUCUGCAAUAUAACGAUGCGACAAGAAAGUAUGAAGGGAAUGUUGAAAAUUGAUCGGCUUUAAAAUGUACCUUGAGAGCGAUGUUGAGCAACGACAAAACAACUAAACUAUACAAACAUAAAUAAAAAACACUAUAUGUAUAUCAUUUAUCUUAUGUGUAAUUUAGAGAGAACGUUCGUGUAAAGCCAAGUGCGUUAAUUGAACUGAAGAAACUGAAGAAACAAGAGCGAUCGAAUUAGAUAAGAUGGACAAAUGAAUUGAAAAGCGCGCCAGAGGUAAUAUUUUUAAAGCGCUCGUUCUGAUCCUAGCCAACCAAAUGCCACAAUAUAUAUUUAUACACAAUUGAAGGUUCCUUGCAGCGGCGUUUUAACUGAUCAAAAUCGAUAAUAAAGCCUUUUACGUGUCCCAAAAUCAUAA